AUGUCCACCACAAACGUGUCACCUAAAGCGACCGUUGGCGAUCAAAACAGCGGCGACGCAAAGAACGGCCCAAGCAAAACAACCGAAGUUUCUAAUGCUGUGGCUCAGUCUCCUUUUAAAAAUAUAGGAAAUGCUUCAAAAUCCAGCAGUAACAGUGACAAGACGAAGCGAGAUCACCAGUCGAUUCAAGUCUUACCACAAGAGGUGGUGGACCUAAUUGCGGCCGGAGAGGUUGUUCAGCGUCCUGCCUCGGUAAUCAAAGAGUUGAUUGAGAAUUCGUUGGAUGCAGGGAGCACCCACAUUGUAGUCCAUGUGGAGAAAGGGGGGUUGUCCAAACUCAGCAUAAGUGACAAUGGUUCCGGGAUUUCAAAAUCGGAUAUGACCUUGGCAGCCACUCGACAUGCAACAAGUAAAUUUGAAAAGAUAGACGAUUUCGCUCACUUGCGGACCUUUGGAUUUCGAGGAGAGGCACUGUCGUCGAUCAGCAUGUGCGCCAAACUCACCAUCACAACCCGUACCCGAGAAAGUACCGUCGGGUUUACUCAAACCUAUCGGAAUGGAGAACCUACUUCCAACACUGGCAGCAAGUCCAAAAAUCCGAAACCAUGUGCUCGAAAACAAGGGACGACAAUAACCGUACAAGAUUUGUUUCACAACAUUCCAUAUCGGCUGAAGACCUUUUCAAAACGAGAGGCAGACGAAUACAACCGAAUACUAACAAUUGUUCAAUACUAUUCCAUUCAUUACCCGCGUUGUGGGUUCGUUUGCGAACGAGUCCGGAUGGCUGGGAAGCAGAAGACGGUUUUGGUGGAUUUGAAUACCAGUCAAUUGAGUCAUGUCAAGACACUGAUACAAAAACGAGACGACGCCAUGGAAAGCGCUUCAACGCGAAGUGACGACGAUGAUGAAAACGACAGCAAUGAGGAUUCAAUCAGCGCAACAAAACAAAUCAUGGCCCAUGUCUUCGAAUCCAACCUAGAAAAUCACGUCUCUCAUUUCAGAGCAUCGAAAGAAGGUGCAGAUCCGACCGACUUUGCGUAUAGUUGCCAGGUCUACUACACCCACUUGUCGUAUGAUAUCAAAUCCUCCAAGUUUGUCCUCUUUCUGAACGAUCGAAUAAUCGACUUGCCACCACUAAAACGGGCCAUGGAGGAUGUCUAUGCUAAUUUUUCAAAGACGAAACCGAUUCUCGUCGUUCAAGUGCGAGUACCCGGAUCCCAAGUGGACGUCAAUGUACAUCCAUCCAAGAAACAAGUUGCGCUGACAUAUCAGGAAGACCUUUGCGAUGCUAUUUGUGAAAAAAUGAGCGAAGCAUUGCAACAAGGGGGUCAAACCUUUAAAGCCAAAUCCGUGGCUCCGAAGAUAAUCGACAAUCCCUACCGCAAGAAGCGACAACCGUCAGAUGAUCAAACGACGGUUUCCCCAUCUCCAGGGUCUCCAUUAUCUCCAAAAUCAGUCACUGCUGGAACGAAAACGGCUUCCACACCUGCUCCAGGCAGCAACCAAAAGGUGCCAGGGGUACCAUCACUAAAGCGCAAAGCAGAGCCAGUCAAGAAAACUCCACCCAACAAGUUUGUCAGGACCGCACAUGCAAACCCAGUCGGUGCCAUUGAACCAUUUGUUGUCAGGACACAACCUUCGCAGAACGAUCCUCGAAUGUCUCAGUCUCAGUCCCACACUCAGCCCCAGUCCCAGACUCAGUCACAGUCCCAGUCUCUGAUGAGAGAGGGCGACAGAACGGACAUUGCACUCUCUCAAGAAUCUCAAUCACCUUCGGCUUUUUCUACAUUCAAACAUUUGGAUGGAUGCCCAUUUGCGACCACCAGCAACAACAAAAAUUAUGCCGUUGACAUGACACAACCUGGAGCCUUUGCUCAGCUCACAUGCAUAUGUCGAUCGGCAGAUGCUCGCAAGACUGUCAUGAUCCGAAAAACCUUGGUUCGUCCGAAAAGAGUUGUUCCAAGCAAAUGUUCCUACUCUUCCAUUCAAAAAUUGCGGAAACGAGUCAACAAGGACAAGGACGAAGAUUUGACCAAACAGCUACGCGAUGCCUAUUUUGUCGGAUCCUUGUCCGAUCAGCGAUCCUUGAUCCAAUGUGGGGAAGAGCUGAUCAUGAUCAAUCAUUUGGAGAUGGGCAAGCUGCUCUUUUAUCAGUUGGCGCUGGCACGGUUUGGAGAAGCGAGAAUGGCACGGCUGGGUGGGGAGGGUAGUCCAGGGAUCAGUGUACUGACAUUGAUCGGUCAAACGCUACAAAUGAAAGAGCUAUUGUCGAAUGAAGAUGCGAAUGACGAAACCGGGGAAGAACUACAAAGUUCGACUGGAUUAUUGGAAGUAUCAGAAAUGAAUAAAAAGUAUGCCCAAGAAACCACUUUGUGCCUAUUGGACAAGGCAGAAAUGUUGGAAGAGUAUUUCGGCAUUCGACUUGUCAAGAAUUGCGACGAUGCUAUGUUGACUGGUCUUCCGGAACUCUUGGAAGGGCACAUUCCUGAACCUCAUGGCCUUCCCACUUUCCUGUUUCGGCUAGCGACCGAAGUUGAUUGGGCCGAAGAACGUCCUUGUUUUCAAAAGAUUUGCGAGGAGCUUGGCAACUACUACGCCGGUGUGCCAACUGAAGGCCGUGAGAACUACGUGCAGCACACUUUGAUCCCAGCGAUCUCGUAUCUGCUCAUUCCACCAAAAAGCGUGAAAACACAGGGAUACUUCACAGUAUUGACAAAGCUAUCUACAUUGUACAAAGUCUUCGAACGGUGCUGA